UGGUAUUAUCAGCCCUGGGCUGUAAAAAAAAAAGUGUGUAUGUGGAGGAAAAAAAAACUUUAGGGAGAACAAAGAAAUGAGAGUCUAUUUAAAGAGAAGUCGCCCCGGAUCCUGCAGCCGUGUGACUCCCGGCACACAGUUGCGCCAAAGCCAGCCUGCCUGUGCAGCACCGCGGCUCCGGACGGCGGCGAGGAUGCGGACUUCUCUGAUCGUGUGCUGCUGCGUGUUUGCGCUGCAAUGCCUCCCCAGCACGCUUUGUCUUCCAGCGCGGGGAUCCAGCAGGUACAAAGUGGCACCGGUCUCUGAAAAGUUCCCCGAGCUGAAGAAGAGGGGGAAGGUUCCUCACGCUCAGGACUUAGUAAAGGAGACGCAGACCAACACCUCUAACACGUGGAACCGACCUCGCUGUGGCGUACCGGACUACCCCGCCCAGGAGGAGGUGCAUUAUCGGGGGCGAUACCGCCAGAGACGCUUCGUCCUGCACGGAGGACGUUUGGAGAAGACAGACCUCACAUACAGGAUCGUCCGGUUUCCCUGGCAGAUGAGUGAGGAAAAGGUGCGUCGUGUCUUUCGGGAAGCGCUGAAAAUCUGGAGUGACGUUACCCCGCUCACCUUCACCGAGAUCCACAGCGGGAAGGCCGACAUCCGCAUUGACUUCACAAGGUACUGGCACGGAGACAACCUUCCCUUCGACGGCCCCGGUGGGAUUCUCGCUCACGCCUUCUUCCCCAAAACACACCGACAGGGCGACAUUCACUUCGACUACGAUGAGUCAUGGACCCUCGGAAACCACAUGGGCACAGACCUUCUCCAGGUUGCUGCCCAUGAGUUUGGGCACGUCCUGGGCCUGCAGCACUCCCGAGAGCCGGGAGCCAUCAUGUCCGCAUACUACACCUUCUCCUACCCGCUGAGGCUGAGCGAGGACGACAAGCAAGGCAUCCAGUACCUGUACGGAGCGCAUCCGCAAGUCCUGCCCUCACCGCCACCCCCGCCUCCACCUCCAUCAAACCCAGAGACCAACGAGAUCGUCAUUAAUCCCGACGCCUGCCAGACGGACUUUGAUGCUGUGUCUAUGAUCCGAGGGGAGUUGUUCUUCUUUAAGUCGGGCUACGUUUGGCGCAUCAGGGACGGGCAUCUGGAGAGCGGUUACCCAGCGCUGGCGUCCCGUCACUGGAGGGGGAUUCCCGACAACAUCGACGCCGCCUUUGAAGACAAGUCAGGGAAUAUUUGGUUCUUUCAAGGUGAGAACUACUGGGUGUUCGAUGCUGAGAAGCAGAUCAGAGGGCCGGAGUCCAUCAGGAGUUUGGGUCUGACGGUGUCCGGGAUCCAGGCGUCACUGCGCUGGGGCCACGACUCCAACUACAACACCUACUUCUUCAAAUCAGGCAGCUACUGGAGGUUCAGCCCCCGCGAGAACCGAGUCGAGUCCGCCUACCCGCGCAGCAUGCAGGACUGGAGCGGCAUCCCCGACGACGUGGACGCCGCUUUCAGGGACAUCUACGGCUACGCUCACUUUAUCCGAGGACGACAGUACUGGAAAUUCGAUCCUGUUGGCAUGAACUCUUUGGAGGGCUACCCUCGCUACAUCGGCAUGGAUUUUUUCGGUUGUAGAAACAUGUGAGUCUUUUAACUGUGGAGAAUCAGAUUAACAGAUUUUUUUUUUUUGUGAAAACGAAGAGGAGUUUUUUGGAACAGAGAUGUUUGUAUGUUCAUCCUGCAGAUUCAAGGGGAGGAGACAACCUCCUUUAAAUCUGUUUAUGCUUUACUCCAUUUUACUCAGAUCAAUUUCACCUUCUUCUCAGGAAAACCAAGGUAUGUUUCCUCAGACUCGGCACCUCCUGUGCAGCUAUACUCAUAUUUAUUUUGCACAUUUUGUCACCACACGGCUGAGAUCUGGGCCCUGUAUUAAUGAUGCGUGAUGCUGAUGUGAACUGCAUCGUUCUCACUUCCUGUCUUUGAGCCUGAAAUUGAGAUUUUCGACAGAUUUCGGUUCACAGACUGUCUUACUCCCUGUAGUGGAUGUUUUUCAUUUCAAGCGUUUUGUUUUUUCAUCAUGGAUGGAACUGCUGAUCCUCAAGUGUUUGAAGAGUGACAUCAAACUUAAAGCUGCAGAAGGUAGAUUUGUGCAUUAUUUGCUGUAGAUGGCAGCGAGAGUUAACCUUUGUUUUAAUACUGUAACUUUAAACCCAGAAAUCAUUCAACAUGGUGUUGGUAAACAGGCAUCAUCCACUCUCAUGCUGUAAUGUGUCACCAAUAGUCAAGUUUCCACCCAAAUGUAGCACAAAUUUUAACAGAAUUUCCAGGAUAUCGGCUAAAGAAAAUGCAAAUUAACACGCGAUUCCAUCCACUACGCAAAUAUUAGGAGUUGGGUACGUCGAGAUAAACAAUUCUCCAUUAAAUCAGUGCAGAAGAAGAAGAAACAAUGGGUAACCAUGCAACCAAUGUUAUGGUUGCAUUUAUGUUAAUUUCAUGUAUUCAUUUGUGGAACAGUCUCCUCAUCGCUCCACACGGCUCUGAUGUUUUCGCCUGCCGCUAUUGUUCGUCUUUUCAUUUCUUUGAGUCACAUGCCUCAUGUACGUCAUGAUUUACUCACCAAGUCCGUUUCCAUUGCACUUCAUCGCAUUUUCUUAUCACCGAUACGUCAACUUUUCCACCUCAGCCGAGCAUAAAAGCUUUUUUGCGGUAUUUCAGUUUUAGGUUUUUCUUUUUUAAUUUCUGGCGUUUCCACUCAGGUUUUUUAUACUCAAAUUGUAAAUGCACAUAAAAACAGGUGGAUGGAAAUGCACUUAACGACACAUAAAUUGUGCGUCUGACCACCAGCAAACUGUCUUGACAGUGCUGGCCUUUGAUAGGACGAAGAGUCAAAAAUGAAGAAAGCUAUCAUAUUAGCCAUUCAGUUUCAUGUAAACUUGCUCUGACGAAUGAAAAGCAAACGCCAAUACAGCUUUCCUUUUCGUAUCGAUUUUGCUACGAAUGAAACUUGCCAUAACCAAAAAGGUACCCUGCCCCCUCCAUCAACAGGGCACCACCAGCGAUGGAAGAAGUAUUCAGAUCCUUUCCUAAAAGUACUAAUACCACACUGUGAAAAAUUCCCACUACAAGUAAAAGUCCUACAUUCAAAACCUACUAACCCUAACCCUACUUUACUUAAGUAAAAGUAUGUAAGUAUUAUCAGCCAAAUUUACUUAAAGUGUGACAGUAAAAGUCGUCACUGUGCAGUAAAACGCUCCCUGUCAGUGUUUUAUUAUAUCUGAUGUUUCUGGAUUCAUAUUCCUGCUGCAUUAAUAUGUGUGUUGCAUUUUACUGCUGCAGAUGUUUCAGGUUGAGCUCAUUUUAACUGCUUUAUAUACUGUUGGGUAGUUUAAUCUGCAGCAAUGCAUCAUGGUCUAUAAGAUCAUCAUGUGUUUGUAGCGUCGCUGUCCUGCGAGAACCACGUAUCUCUAAAAAGUUUUCCUGAGCUCAGAGAAACAGCCUGUUUUCAGCUCUGUGACGAUGCGUUUCCCAGCUGAUCCGAGGGGGGGUUAAAGAGUUUAUUCAGCUUCAGGAGGAGGAGAGUUUUCUCAGCACAUGAAGGAAACUCUUCAUCCUUCAGCUCAUCACAAACAUCUGGAGGACAGGAAGGGGAUGAAAAACUGUAACCUGCAAAGUAACUAAAGCUGUCAGACAAAUGUAGUGGAGUAAACAACACAAUAUUUGGUUCUUAGAUGUAGUGGAGAAGAAGUGUAAAGUUGCAUAAAAUGGAAAUACUUAAGUAAAGUACAAAUACCUCAAAUGUUUACAUAAGUAGCCUACAGUACUUGAGUAAAUGUACUUAGUUACAUCCCACCAUCUAAUUAAGGAAGGACAUGAUAUUAAUUUUGCUGUGUCACUUUCAGGCACUUGUUUGAGUCUGCCAGUCAAAAGCAAAGGAGGCAGGAUUUUAACUUUUCCCAGAAGGAAAGUCCCGAUGUUACUGUAGUGUCACCAGCAACCGUCUAAAUAUCUAAACAUGUUCUUUUCCAUCGUCUGCAUGUUAUAUGAGAGCUUUAGAGACGAGGAAGCAGAAUGCAAAAGUCAACCAGUAGAAGCUUUUGUCGCAGUGGUUCACAUUAAUGAAGGGUUAGAGCAAUGGUUAGUGUUCGGGUCUGCCAGAACCUGGAGGAGGAGGACAUUUAUACACAGGGGACGGGAGGGGAGGGGACGCCUGAGAGGCUGAAUUAAGGGCAAGAAAAUCCCAAUUCUCCUGCCAAGGAGGAGGACCUUCAUCUAGUUUCUUCUAAACGUAACGUUGCUUUGGGUAAUGUUGUCUCUCUAAGUAAAAGAGUUAGUGAUUGGUGAUGACGUUCUGUCAUUAUUGGUGAUUUCAGCGUGUUUAAGAGAAGGUUUUGUAUAUAUUUUUUUAUAUUUGGGCAAAUGUAGAAGGUUUGAAUAAGUAGAGAUCGGAUGCUUCUCUCUGCUGCUGUGUGUGAUUUAGGCUGAUAACACGUCUGACUUUUUACAUUAAACCUUUCCUCGUGUAUCUUUUAGAUGUUAUUUUACUUUUCUUCACUGAAAAAAUUCCUGCAUUUCAUACAAUAUGGAGCCUCAGAGAAACGAGUUGUUCACGGGUGAAGAAAAGGUGAUAACAUCACUGUAAGUCAUGUUUUGAUGUCACUCUUCUAACAUGAUGGUUGUUGGUAAUCACUCACCAGCGUGCAGGCCUCUGUGGCAGUAAAAAAGCUCCAGGGCGCCAUCUAGAGCGCAACACCGUCGUCCUGCAGGAGAAGUGUGAUAUUUCCUGAGAAUGUCCUCAUAUUUUGUGAUGAAGUCAUCGCUCGUCUAUAACAUAACACGGUGCUCUAUUCCGGUUGGUCACUGUGACACAUUCAGGGACAGCAGCUGCUGCGUGGAUCGGCGGUUCUCCACCUGGUCGGUUAGUCACUCCCAAAAACAAACUGCUGGCUUUAAUCAAUCUUUAGAUCAAUCACAUAGACCACUAGCUGGAUGGCAGUGGUGGAAAGUUACAAAGUACCUUUACUCAAGUAUGACUUUGAGAUACUUGACUUGAGUAUUUCCAUUUUGUACUAAUUUAUACUCCUACUCCACUACAUUUCAGAGACAAAUAUUUUCCUUUUUCUUCACUACAUUUAUCAGCUGUAGUUAAUAAUCAGUUUUAAGAUUAAAGUUUUACAUUAAAAAAGAUCAAAGCUGUCCCAAAUCCUGUAUACUGUUGUUACAGUUAGUAAUCAAAAAGUCAACAUACUUUAUCAUUUUAUACUAACAGGAGAUGAUUCAAUACGUGCAACGUCAAUUAAACUGCGACUUUGAAACAUCAAAAGGUUUUUCCUAACAUUUAAUACUUACUUUUUGUUUUCCAAGAUCCUUCUGGAGCUGUUUCACCACCAUCCACAAUUUACGUUAAUGUUUUCCAGCUGUGAGCGGCUCCUCCAUUUCCUUUGUGCAUUGCAUUGUGGGAGAAUAGCAUCCAUCAACAGCACACUUAAAAAAAUGGCCGUAUUUAGUAUGCACUGUGUCUGGUUUGAGUGUACUUCAUCUUGUCACUUUUCCAGUGUGAACACGCUAUAUACUAAAAACCUGCUUAGAAAUAGUAUGUAGUCUGGAUUUGGGCCAUAUGUUAAAAUUUGCCACCCGGCCACCCAACAAUUGGCGAUUACUGAUAUAUUUACACAGGUGUGUGUGUGUGUGUGUGUGUGCGCGCUGGGUUAGCUCGCUGAACAAGAGUCUCACUCGUUCUUCAGAGGCAGACAAUUAAAUUAGAAAAAUAAAAUGACAAAAAUCGCCCAAAAAAACCCCAAAACAACCAGCGAUGCACUGAGCCAGUUGUCGAUAUAUUCGUCCAACAACCCUAGUGUGAACCAGUGGUUUCCAAGCUUUUUGGCUUGUGACCUCUCAUUAAACAGCCGGUAUCUGGUUGGGGCCCCUUGUUGUGUUUAUGAUGUCUAUGAUUUGUUAGCAGUUCCACCAAAGAGACAUUUCCCCUCUAAACGUCUCGCAUUGUUUCAUUUAAAUAACUGUUUGAGGCUCAAAGAGGUCAGAUUAUCCAAUAUUUCACAAAAAAGAUCAGGGGAAAAUCCAUAAAAGUAAUAUAAAUUUGUUAGCAGAACUUUGUUUUUUCUUCUUUCCUCUCCCAUUAAUCAUCUCACGACCCCUCAGAUUCAUAUCUUGUGGCCCUUUGGAGGGGCCCGACCCCUAGGUUGGGAACCACUGGCCUAAACUAGCUAACUGUAUAUAAAGUAGUUAAAACUAGCUCCACCUCGAGCAGCUACAACAGUAAAAUGCUGCUCUAACAUCGAUGCAUCAGUAUUAACAAUAUAAUAAUGUAAUGUAUAAUAAUAUAUCACUCACAGGAACAUUUUACUGGUGAACGAGUACUUCUACUUUUGAUACUCCAAGCACAUUUUGCUGAUAAUACUAUUCUUUUACUUAAGUAGGAUUUUGAAUUCGGGACUUUUACAUGUAAUGAAGUAUUUUUACAGUGUUGUAUUGGUACUUUUAUUUAAUAAAGGUAUUUGAAUGCUUCUUCCACCACUGCUGGAUAGUGACAGGAUCUCAUGGACCCUAAAAACUCACGUGACGACCUCUUUGUGGGUCAGGACACCCAGGUUGAGAACCGCAGUGUCCCUGGUUGCAGCACUUGAAAUGUGAAGGCUCAGUUCAGACUGUCGUGUUCUUCAGAUGUUAGUUUUUCAGUGCAGGACACUGACGAGUCGUUACAGUUUUCAUCAUUCAAACUUUGUUGUUGUUGUUUGAUUCAUUUCUACAACUCAUUUCAAGUGUUAAUCAGUGAACUCUGACUGCUUUGAAAAAAUAUAUUUAUACACAGACAACUUAGUAAAGGUUUGUUGUACAUACAUGUCUUUGAUUAUAAUUUUUUUUUUACUCAGCCUAUACGCUGUACAUUUAAAUGUAUGAACUGUGUGUUGUUUACUUUCUAAUAAAACCAUAACCUUUUUACCAAA